AUGUUUGAUAACUGUGCUUUCUGGCUGUGGGCGUUCGCCAACAUGAUCAUUACUACUGGAUUUGCUUGGAGCGGCGUUACCGUUCAUAAGUUGAGGUUUGACCUGUUACAAAACUGGAUUGCUACGGGGUUCAAUUAUAGUAGAAGACGUGGAUCACUCAGCUUAUACCCUGGAGGCCUGUGUGCCCAAAACACGCCGGACGACGGUAGUGCCACAGACUCAAUAUAUCCGUAUUAUAACCGGGUUUGUCACCGCAGCAUCAUGCUCCAAGCACUGGAUGUAUCUCCUACCUCUGUCGACAAAUCUAGUCUGGCCAAGCCACAAAAAUUCUGGAUCAACGGGGCAGAACCUAUCCAUUCUGGAGACUGCGAACAAGCGGAUAAGGACUCGAUCGGAAAGCCUGCGCCAGUCAUUGACGAGGCCUGCACAAUUGCGGCUCCUACCACAUCCGUGGGAGGAGUGAAACUUGCGAUGGAGAAAACCAUGAUGCAAGACUUCAGGAAAGCCCGCAGGCGACGAGUGCCUCGCUUACUGGUACCGCGUAAACUCAUAUGUAUCGAUCAACUAGAAGGUGAAGAGUUCAUAAGUGCAUGGUUAGACUGCUGUCGUGAUCAUUUCCAGCGCUGGUCGAAAGGCGUGCAGCUCGGCCAUGUCUACCUGCAGAACCUGGUGUAUGAUUCUGCUUCAAAGCGCGGUCUUUUCAUCGAUCUCGAUGUCUGUGUCGACGUCACACACUCUCCAGAGUCUCCCUCGCCCAAUGGUAUCGGAACCCAUAAUUUCAGGGCACUAGAUCUAUUCUAUCGCAACCGUGGGAUGGCCCGGAUGGGUACUCGCCACUACCACCACCAUCUCGAAUCAUUCAUAUGGAUGCUUCCUUUCGUUCUUCUGCAGGGCAGCGAGGAUCACAACCAGAUUGCCAUGCUAAAUGAAUGGAAGUCCACUGUUGUCAUUGAAUGCUUGUCUGAGAGGCAGUACUUCUUGCUGCACUGUGACCUAACGAGAUACAAGACAAAACCUGCUAAUGAGGGUGCAUGGAAGAAAGCUUGUGCCGUAUUGCUUUGGUUGCGGAAGUACCACGGUGAAGAGGGUUGGCUUGCCUCGUCGACGAAGCAGGCGGACAUACUUCUCGGCGAGGUAGAAGGGCUUGUAACCACUGGUCCUUAUGAUCUCGCAUAA